AUGCAACGCAUUUUGUGCUUCAUCUCCUUGCUUUCUCUCACCCUCUUCCAACCAAAUGCAGAACCCACAGAGGACAAGCAAGCACUGCUUCACUUAGUGGAAAAGUUGCCUCCUUCACGACCCCUCAAUUGGAACGCAACCUCUUCUCCAUGUACCUCUUGGACCGGUGUAACCUGUAACCAUGACCACUCACGAGUUAUAGCCAUUCACUUACCUGGCCUAGGCUUUCAUGGAACCAUUCCUCCCAAUACGUUAAGCCGCGUUACGUGCCUGCAAACAUUGAGUCUCAGAUCCAACUUCAUUACUGGUCCUUUCCCUUCUGAUUUUUCCAAUCUCACUGAACUUUCCUUUCUCUACCUUCAGUUCAACAAUUUCUCUGGUCCAUUACCCGACUUCUCUGCCUGGAAGAACCUCUCUGUUGUGAACCUCUCCAAUAAUUGUUUCACUGGCACCAUUCCUCUCUCCCUUUCCGAUUUGACUCACCUGACUGCCAUCAACCUCGCCAACAACUCGCUUUCGGGCCAAAUCCCUCUCUCUCUCCGCAGGUUUCCCAACUCGGCUUUCGUAGGAAACAAUGUCUCUCUCGAAACCAUUUCACAUUCUAAAUCUGCCAAGCACGGCGAAACGGCGCUGUUUUGGGUUGCUGUUGCUGCUGCUCCUGUUGCUCUUGCAGCGUUCUUUGUUUUUAUCUUUGUGUGCUGGUCGAGAAAGAAGAGCAGAGAUUCCUUUGCUCGGAAUUUGCAGAAGGGAGAUAUGUCUCCCGAAAAAGUAGUGUCGAGGGACCUUGAUGCGAAUAAUAAAAUAUUUUUCUUUGAGGGGUGUAGCUAUGCGUUUGACUUGGAGGAUUUGUUGAGGGCUUCUGCUGAGGUAUUGGGGAAGGGGACGUUUGGUGCUGCGUAUAAGGCUGCGUUAGAGGAUGCUACCACUGUUGUUGUGAAGAGGUUGAAGGAAGUGGCAGUUGGAAAGAGAGAUUUUGAGCAGCACAUGGAGGUUGUUGGGAAUCUGAAACAUGAGAAUGUGGUUCAGCUAAAGGGGUAUUACUAUUCCAAAGAUGAGAAACUCAUGGUCUAUGAUUACUACGUUCAAGGGAGUCUCUCUGCUUUGUUGCAUGGUAAAAGAGGAGAGGAUAGGGUGCCUUUAGAUUGGGAGACUCGAAUGAAAAUUGCUUUGGGUGCUGCACGAGGCCUUACUCGCAUCCAUUUCGAGAAUGGGGGGAAACUUGUACAUGGCAAUAUCAGAUCCUCAAAUAUAUUUAUGAAUACUAAACAAUAUGGUUGUAUAUCUGAUCUUGGCCUGGCAACCAUAAUGAGUUCAGUUGCCAUACCCAUCUCACGAGCUGCUGGUUACAGAGCACCUGAAGUUACAGACACUAGGAAAGCAACGCAAUCUUCUGAUGUUUACAGCUUUGGUGUGGUGUUACUGGAGCUUCUCACUGGGAAAUCCCCUGUGUACACAGCUGGUGGCGAUGAGAUUGUGCACUUGGUGAGAUGGGUUCAUUCGGUUGUAAGAGAGGAGUGGACAGCAGAAGUUUUUGACUUGGAGUUGAUCAGAUAUCCUAACAUAGAGGAAGAGAUGGUGGAAAUGUUACAGAUAGCCUUGUCAUGCGUGGUCAGGGUUCCUGAUCAGAGGCCUAAGAUGUCGGAAGUUGUAAAAAUGAUAGAAAAUGUGAGGCAGAUUGAUUCAGUAGUGAAUCAGCAACCUUCAUCUGAGAACCAAGCCAACCCUUUACCACUUAGCAUCACUUCCUCUUAA